AUGGCCAAGGCCAAGUCCAGGUUAUUGACCGUACGACUACUCUCCACGUAAGACGCCUACCACGCCCUGUACCUCCCCAAGGACGAUGAGCUGACACUCGGUAUCCUUCCCUCUUCCACUCUCGCACGUUCCCGUCCUGUAUGCGCGAGAACAGCGUCGGUACAGGGUUCAGCUACAUCGCCAAGAGGCCGAGGACGGCGGAGAAGAAGUUGGCGUUCAUGAAGGUGCGUCGAUGCGUCGUAGAGGUAGGAUGGAGUAAAGGGCAAAAUCGGAGCUGACCGUCCCCGGUUCGCGGUGUUUGCACGUGCAUGCAGUACGAUCCCAAAGGUACGAUGAGCAUGCUCGAUCACGUAUGCGCAAGAAGAAAUCCUGACAUUGUCCGUACCUCACAGCGGGCAAGCACGUUCUCUUCAUGGAAGCCAAACUCAAGUGA